AUGAAACUCGACGGCUAUUACUUGGUUGACAACGGAAGAUUCGAAUGGGUGAAAGAGAUUCCGAUCAAGGUCAACACAUUCAUUUGGCAGGCAAAGCAGAAUCGUAUUCCAACAUCAGUCAACCUAUCCAAACGCAGAGUAAAUGUGCAAUCAACAAUUUGCUGUCAAUGUGGGGAAGAGGAGGAAACAACGGACCAUGUACUGAUACAAUGUUCUUUUGCAAAAUCAGUAAUGGAGUGGAUACUAAAAUGGUGCAAUAUUCAACACACAAACCUCUCAUCGGUUCUUAAUGUAGUCGAUUUCGCAUCAAACAUAGGAAACAACCCGAAAAAAAUAGGUUGA